AUGGAAAAUACAUUAAUUUGUAAUAAGUGUUUUGCCACAGCACCCAGAGGGAAAAAACCAUUUUGUUUAACACAAUGUGGUCAUAUAUAUUGUCACGGAUGUAUACAGCAAGCUGAAAAACAAUGUCCUCAGUGUCAACAAAUGGACAUUUUUUCCGUGGAAUUACAACAGCCGUCAUUAUCGAGAGUAGAAAAUUUUUUUGCCCCACUCAGUGAAGCAUUGGAAUCGUUACGUAAAAUAUGCGGAUUCCAAAAUAAUCAAAUGAAAAUUUUGACACAACGUUUUCAUGAAAUUGACAAAAAGUAUGAAACACUGAAAAUCCACUACAGUAAUCUUGUCCAAAACAUAAAAUUAAUCAGAGAAAAGUAUAUGAAGCUCAAAAUUGAAAAUGCAGAACAAAGAAAACAACUGAUGUCUUAUGAAAUGCAAAAAAGAACCCUAAAUUCUUUAAAUAACUUUGCUACGCCAAUAAAUUCUACUAAUGAAAGAAGUGCAAAAAUGAGAAAUGGAUCAAAUUCAUACUUUUCAUCUUGUGGAACUGGUAUAUUAAACCAAUCUUUUGACAUAGAAAAGGGAAGGCCUAUACUAAGAGGUUUCCACAUUCCUCAUCCUCAAUUUGUAAGAUCAGCUGGUUCUCAUGCAACUUCUGAUACAAAUUCUAAUUACACCUUUAGAACUUAG